CCAGACUUCCAGCAUGAGGACUAUAACUUCCUCACUCGCAGCCAGCGUUAUGAGGUGGCUGUUAGGAAGAGUGCCAGCAUGGUGAAGAAGAUGAGGGAAUUUGGCAUCUCGGACCCUGAAGAAAUCAUGUGGUUUAAAAAACUACAUUUGGUCAAUUUUGUGGAACCUGUGGGCCUCAAUUACUCCAUGUUUAUUCCUACCUUGCUGAAUCAGGGCACCACUGCUCAGCAAGAGAAAUGGAUGCGCCCGUCCCAAGAACUCCAGAUAAUUGGCACCUACGCCCAGACGGAGAUGGGCCACGCUUUGUACACCGAGGGCGUCCUGAGCCUUUGGACCUUCACUUGGGCAUGUUCCUGCCCACCUUGCUUCACCAGGCCACCGCAGAGCAGCAGGAGCGCUUCUUCAUGCCAGCCUGGAAUUUGGAGAUCACGGGCACUUAUGCCCAGACAGAGAUGGGUCAUGGAACUCACCUUCGAGGCUUGGAAACCACAGCAACAUACGACCCCAAAACCCAAGAGUUCAUUCUCAACAGCCCUACUGUGACUUCCAUUAAGUGGUGGCCUGGGGGGCUUGGGAAGACCUCCAAUCAUGCAAUAGUUCUCGCCCAGCUCAUCACAAAAGGGGAGUGCUACGGGCUACAUGCCUUUGUUGUCCCUAUCCGUGAAAUUGGGACCCACAAACCUUUGCCAGGUAUUACUGUUGGGGAUAUCGGCCCCAAAUUUGGUUAUGAAGAGAUGGAUAAUGGCUACCUGAAGAUGGACAAUUACCGUAUUCCUCGAGAGAACAUGCUGAUGAAAUAUGCCCAGGUGAAGCCUGAUGGCACGUAUGUGAAGCCCCUGAGUAACAAGCUGACGUACGGGACCAUGGUGUUCGUCAGGUCCUUCCUCGUGGGGGAUGCAGCUAGAUGUCUGUCCAAGGCGUGCACCAUUGCCAUCCGGUACAGCGCCGUGAGGCGCCAGUCGGAGAUCAAGCCAGGUGACCCAGAACCACAAAUUUUGGAUUUUCAAACCCAGCAGUAUAAACUCUUCCCACUCCUGGCCACUGCCUAUGCCUUCCAUUUUGUAGGAAGGUACAUGAAGGAGACCUACCUUCGAAUUAAUGAGAGCAUUGGCCAAGGGGACCUGAGUGAGCUGCCUGAGCUGCAUGCCCUCACCGCUGGGCUGAAGGCUUUUACUACCUGGACAGCCAAUGCUGGUAUUGAGGAGUGUCGAAUGGCAUGUGGUGGGCAUGGCUAUUCUCACUGCAGCGGAAUUCCAAAUAUUUACGUCACUUUUACCCCAGCCUGCACCUUCGAGGGAGAGAACACUGUCAUGAUGCUACAGACAGCACGGUUCUUGAUGAAAAUCUAUGACCAGGUGCAGGCGGGGAAGUUGGUGGGUGGCACAGUGUCCUACCUGAAUGACCUGCCCAGUCAGCGCAUCCAGCCACAGCAGGUGGCAGUCUGGCCAACUGUGGUGGACAUCAACAGCGUGGACAGCCUGACUGAAGCCUACAAACUUCGUGCAGCCAGAUUAGUAGAAAUUGCUGCAAAAAACCUUCAGACUCAUAUGAGUCACAGGAAGAGCAAGGAAGUAGCAUGGAACUUAACUUCUGUUGACCUUGUUCGGGCAAGUGAGGCACAUUGCCACUAUGUGGCAGUUAAGCUCUUUUCAGAUAAACUCGCCAAGAUUCAAGACAAAGCCGUCCAAGCUGUCUUGAGGAAUCUGUGUCUCUUAUAUUCUCUCUAUGGGAUCAGCCAGAAAGGAGGAGAUUUUCUUGAGGGAAACAUCAUCGCAGGGCCUCAGAUGUCACAAGUGAACAGUCGUAUACUGGAGUUGCUCACACUUAUCCGCCCCAAUGCUGUUGCCUUGGUGGAUGCCUUUGACUUUAAGGACAUGGCGCUCGGCUCUGUUCUUGGCCGCUAUGAUGGGAAUGUGUAUGAAAACUUGUUUGAAUGGGCCAAGAAAUCCCCACUCAACAAAACAGAGGUCCACGAGUCUUACUACAAGCACUUGAAGCCUCUGCAGUCCAAGCUUUGAAGUUUCCUGAGGACAAGUCUAAGCUUCAGAGAGCAACAGAAAAUCUCUCCCCCUUGAUUGACUAAUCCUUGUGACGUCUUCAUCAGAUUUGUGUAGCUAUAUUGCAAAUGACAGGGCAACCUUCUUCCUCUCUAUAAGUAAAGAGAAUUGAGCAGACCUUAGAGAUUAAAUGAGAAAUAAGUAUGUUUUAAGUGCAGUAACACAGAGAGACUCCUUAGGAACUCAGAAAGCUUCAGGGCUGUUGUCUGAAAUCCAUUUGUACUGCUGCUAAUCUCAGUAGGCCAUGACUUUGAGUAAUUAACAGAGUUUAACUACUAAAUACUUGGUUAUUUUCACAGUUUUACUGCUAAUCACUGGAUAAAUGUUUUUUAAAGCAAAGGUGUUAUGUAAGGUAGAACUUUCCAGGCUUUCUUGCCUACCACUUUCUGAUCCACCACUAGAUCAGGAGUUUGGGGCCCAGAAACUAAUAGAAACCUCGUGGGGGGUGUGGCCAGCACAUACUCUGUGCUGCCUGCUCUGUGGAUGUGUCACCCCUGUUAACUGUCACACUGACAUAGCCAACAAGAGGGCUCCUGCCACACCCACCACAAGGAAGCAUAGCUUCACGAUGGGAGCAGUCAUUGGUUCCAGGCUGUCGCUUUCCUGGUAGUAGCACCAUGGCACUUUUUAUCUUUGUAUCCCCACUUCCUGACAUGGUUAAGUUUAGCUAUCUUUACUUCAGGCUUUCGGCCGUUGCCUGGACUUCAAUCAUGGUGGCUGACCUUCUUCCCUGUCUUGCUUGUCUUCUGAAAGAGAUACUAAAGGCAAUUACUAUUCUUCCUCACAGAUUAAGUACAGGGAGAGCCCUCAGCUAUGAUAUCGCUGUAUUUUGGUGAGUUUAUUAAGUAAAUGUUCUCGAACAGUCUGGAUUUGAAUGGUUCUGUCUCCUUGUCAUAACCCAUUAAAAUGCACGGUGUUCACCAA